ACCAAAGUACAAAGACCCAUUUAUGACCAAAAAAAGUACAAAGACCCAUCGGAACACAGAUUUUCUGUUAUUUUUAUACAGUGGGUUGGAUCAGUUCCCGCUUUCUGGGUUUCAGAGAGAAGGAGAGACGAUGGAGGUUGCUGAUGGUGUUGACUCUGAGAGCAAAAUUCAGCAGAGGAGAAUGAGGAGGGUGGGAUUGUUAUACGACGAGAGGAUGUGUAAGCACUCUACACCCGACGGUGGUCAACAUCCAGAAAACCCUGAUCGAAUUAAGGUCAUCUGGAACAAGCUCCAAGCAGCUGCCAUUCCUCAGAGGUGUGUUAUUUUGGGUGCCAAAGAAGCAGAAGACAAACAUAUCUUGUCAGUUCACUCCAAAAACCAUGUUAAUCUGAUUAAGAAUAUAAGCUCCAAACAGUUUGAUUCACGACGAAAUCGGGUUGCAUCAAAAUUUAAUUCCAUAUAUUUCAAUGAAGGAUCAUCUGAAGCAGCUUAUCUUGCUGCGGGCUCUACCAUAGAGGUAACUGAAAGAGUUGCCAAAGGAGAACUGGAUUCUGCCAUGGCUAUCAUAAGGCCUCCAGGACAUCAUGCUGAACAAGAUGAAGCAAUGGGAUUUUGUCUGUACAACAAUGUAGCCAUUGCAGCACGUUUCCUUUUAGAUGAAAAACCAGAAUUGGGCAUCAACAAAAUUUUAAUCGUUGAUUGGGACGUGCAUCAUGGUAAUGGUACUCAAAAGAUGUUCUGGAAGGAUCCUCGUGUUUUGUUCUUCUCUGUUCAUAGGCAUGAGUUUGGAAGCUUUUAUCCAGCUACUGAUGAUGGUUUCUAUACUAUGAUUGGAGAAGGACCAGGAGCAGGAUACAACAUUAAUGUCCCUUGGGAAAAUGGUCGGUGUGGGGAUGCAGACUAUUUUGCAGUUUGGGACCAUAUUUUGGUUCUUGUUGCCAAGGAAUUUAAUCCUGACUUAAUUAUAGUCUCUGCAGGAUUUGAUGCAGCUGCUGGUGAUCCUCUAGGGGGUUGUCGUGUCACGCCAUAUGGAUACGCAGUUAUGUUGAAGAAGUUGAUGGAUUUUGCCCAUGGUAAAAUCGUGUUGGCUUUAGAAGGAGGAUACAAUCUUGAGUCUGUGGCAAAUUCAGUUCUUGCUUGUGUUGAAGUUCUGCUAGAGGACGACCCUAUUCAUGGGUCUUCAGAGGCAUAUCCAUUUGAAUCUACAUGGAGUGUGAUACAAGCGGUUCGCCAGAAACUAAGUUCUUUCUGGCCAUCACUUGCAGAUGAAUUACCAGAGAAGCUAACCAAUAAAAAAGCGCCUCCAGCUGCUUAUAUUCUGACCUCAAGCUCUGAUUCUGAAGAGGAGGACUACGAAGCUCCAAAUGCCAUAUCGAAACAUCUUGAGGAGGUUCUUCAGGAUGUUAUAGAGCCCCUUUCAAAGUUGAAAAUUAACGAAAGUAUUCAGGAUCAUGCGGCAAGCAAUUCUAACACCUGGAGAUCAGAGCUUUCAAAGGUUGAUGUCUGGUAUGCUACUUUUGGAUCAAAUCUGUGGUUGAAAAGAUUUCUUUGCUAUGUUGAAGGUGGACAGGUGGAAGGUAUGAAAAAGCCAUAUCUUGGUUCGGGGGAUAAAACUCCGCCAAAGGAGAUUAUGUGGAAGACUUUCCCUCAUCGCUUAUUCUUUGGUCGUGAAUUUACACAUACAUGGGGACCUGGAGGGGUUGCAUUCCUUAAUCCUAAAAGCAACAUCCAGGAUAAGACUUAUAUGUGCCUGUAUAGAAUUACGCUCGAGCAGUUCAAUGAUGUACUGGUUCAGGAAAAUGUUGCAAGUUUUGCCACCAGCUCUCCUUUGUUUGACUUGGCUGCUUUAAACUCAGUCACAAGUGAAGAGCCUCAUUCUCUUCAGGUUCACUCAGAGUUAAAGAGGUGUUGGUACGGAAAUCUCGUCUACUUGGGCAAGGAGAGUAAUAUUCCGAUACUGACUAUGACGUGUACACAAUCAGACAUGGAGGGCUUCAAAUCUGGAGAGCUUGCCGUGUGUGCUCCGGCCAAAAAUUAUGCCAACUCAAUAGUGAGAGGCCUGGUGGAAGGCAAACAGCUCUCACAGGAGGCGGCUAUGGCUUACAUACAAGAAGCUUCUACUAAACCAUUGUGAUGGAAACUUUUCAUCCUUGCAGUAUUUGUAAAUCUAGCAUAGUAGAAUUAUUCCUGAUGCUGGAAACAUCAAUUUAUGGUCUCCUGGAGGCCAAGCUUGCAAUCUAGUUGACAUGUUCUAUUCUUCGAUAUUGAUGCGGUAGAUAUUACCUUGAAACGGAUCAUAUUGGUGUUGCUCUGCCUUCCAAGCAGAUUAUCAAAUUAUGAUUAUCAUUUCUUUAU